UGUGUAACAUGGACAUCCACGUGAACAGCGGACAAGCCUCUGGCUGCUUUCUGUACUUGUGACACGCCUACGCUCAGACGUAUUGUCCAAUCACUUUACGGAAGUGAAUUACUCUCGCUCAAUCAUAGUGGAGUAGGCGCGGUUACUCAGUGCCGGACUCACGUUGCACAAAUGUGUCAAGCGUUUCUCUGUAAAUGGCGAUAUAGCUACGUGACGGAGCCGAAUUUGACCAGAAAUCCUCUAUCCUGACAUAUCUUGGAAUCUAUCUAAUAUCCCUAUCGUUUUUUAAGACAACGUGGAGCUGGAGCACGUCGACACAGAGUGCCCAAAGCAGAUGCCUGAAUGAACAUGGAACGUAUGAUAACACAACUAAUCUUUACCUUUAAAAUCUGCAACUGAUGUGUGACCAAAGUACGGAGAUGCGGGGGGGUGAGUGUGGACCAGAUGGGGAGGAGACACUGGCUGCAUGUGAAGGUGGAAGAGAGGACAGACUUAUAUGUGGGAAGCAGCAUGGAAGAGUGCACCCUGAAGGCAUCAGGGGAGAUGAGAGUGGAGCAGGAGGAGACGUUGGCCAGGAAGAUGAGGAGAUGACCAGUGGUUCACAUGACCUUUCCUCCUCAGCCAAUCACAGCCCUCGCAGUGCCACUGGAUCAACGUCAGCUUCUACCAAAAGUGAGCACACUGACAGUAGCAGAGGGCAGGCCCAUAGACAGGUGAUGGUCACUGUGGCAGAGAUGAAAAAGAGGCUACCGUCAGACAAACGCAGCCGCAGCAAAGCCAGCACCGUGGAAGCCUUGCAUUAUGCACUCAACUGUGUCAAACAAGUGCAAGCCAACAGUGAAUAUUACAAGCUUUUGAUGAGAAAUGGUCAAGAUGAGAGGAGAGAAGCCACAGUUUGCUCCCUGGAAGAGUUGGAAAGAGUCACCUCUGAACACACACUUAAAAAUACGGACUCAUUUGUGGUGGUCUUCUCCCUGUCAACUGGCCGUGUCCUGUAUGCAUCGGAGCAGGGUCCCAGCAUCCUUUGCUGCAAGAGGAAGUUCCUGGAGUCGGCCAAGUUUGUGGAGCUGCUGUUUCAUCAAGACGUUAAUGUGUUCUACGCACACACAGCUCAGCCUCAUCUUCCUCCCUGGAGCAACUCACACUCAGCUAAGGUCCUGUUUGACUGUGCAAAGGUCAAGUCAUUUUUCUGCAGAAUAAGAGGAGGGAAGGACCGUGAUGGUGAAAUGCGCUACAAUCCAUUCCGAAUCACACCAUACCUGCUGAAGGUGCAGGAAACAGGAGCAGGUGGGGAGGAGGAGCCUUGCUCCCUGGCUCUGGCUGAACGCAUCAUCUCAGGAUAUGAAGCUCCUCGCAUUCCCAUGGACAAGCGCAUCUUUACCACCACACAUUCCCCUGGCUGUGUGUUUCUGGAAGUGGAUGACAGAGCUGUGCCGCUGCUAGGUUACCUUCCCCAGGAUCUGAUUGGCACAUCACUGUUGACCUGCAUUCAUCCAGAGGAUCGCCCCCUCAUGCUGUCCAUGCACCGGAAAGUGUUGAAGUACGCUGGCCAGCCACCUUUUGAGCACUCUCCAGUUCGUCUCCGAUGUCAGAAUGGGGACUAUGUCACAUUGGACACCAGCUGGUCCAGUUUUAUCAACCCAUGGAGCCGCAAGGUUGCCUUUAUCAUCGGACGGCAUAAAGUCAGAACGAGUCCACUCAACGAGGAUGUGUUUGCUGCUCGGCCCAAGGAGGAUUUUCCCAUAACUCAUGAAGAUAUUAAAGAUCUCCAGGCAAAGAUCUAUAAGCUUUUCCUGCAGCCGGUUCACAACAAUGGGUCCAGUGGUUACGGCAGCUUAGGAAGUAACGGAUCUCAUGAGCAUUAUAUCAGCGUUGCUUCUUCAAGUGACAGCAACGGUAACCUGUGGGAAGAUUCACAUCGGGAACCGAUGAUCUUGCAGCAGAUCUGUGCUGAUGUGAACAGAGUGAAGACCUGGGGCCAGCAGCCUUAUCUGGAUUCCAACCACAAGGUUUCCCUUUUUGGCAAACCUGCCGCAGCCCAUCUGCCUCCAGCGCCUGCAAACCCUGAGGUCAGGGAACAUGAAGAUAGCAGGAAGCAAACCCACAUUCCCUCUUAUCAGCAAAUCAACUGUGUGGACAACAUCAUCAGAUAUUUGGAGAGCUGCACAGGUCCAGCCCUGAAACGUAAGAGUGAGUCUCGUUCUCUGGCUUCAUCCUCAUCCUCUACCUCAGAAGACGACAAACCUGCCGUAGCUGCUGCAGACACGGUUCAGGCCAACACAGAUGUGAUGGUCCUAGAGAGUGAGGUCUCAGUGGGACCUGCAGCUGCUGCUGUUGUGGGAGCGCCUCUGACUGACAUUGCCAUGUCCACUAAGGCCAUGAGCGUGGUCUCCGUCACCAGCCAGUGUUCAUACAGCAGCACCAUUGUACAUGUGCCGCAGCCUGAAUCAGAGGCAACUGCACCAGAGGAUGCACCAAUGGGCAGUGAGCCUGCUGAAGUUGCUCCCACCCCGGUGCGUCCAGCUCCUAGCCCCGCCACAGAGGAGCCAAGGUUUGUUGGCCUCACCAAGGAGGUGCUGUCUGCUCACACUCAGAAGGAGGAGCAGGAGUACGUAGAUCGAUUUCGUCAUCGCAUCCUUCAGAGCCCCUACAGCUCCUACCUACAACUGGACAACAGCUCAAUGGCCCACUCUCACCACCCAGGGCCUACUCUGCGUCCAUUGAGUGGUGGUGGCUGGAAUCGCUCUCGCAGAGGAAAGCCCAGAUAUAAACGCCCCAAACCCCAGGGCUCCUCUGACAGCUAUGCCUCUCCUCCAGGCCCUCCUCGUCAUGUCCCUGACUCUUCCUGGCCCUCCUCAGAGUCCUCUCAGCCCCAGAUGGGGGCGCCAUUCAACCAAACAUCUCCACUACAGACUCCAUUUUUCCCUGUGUUGCCAACUCAGCCUGGCUCGGAACAGUUGAGACCACAGCAGUUGCCCAAUGUGGCUUCUGCCCAACCACAGCUUAACUACAACUUCACCCCAACACCAACCACUCAGAACAUACAAGGCAUGCAGCCUGUCCAGCUGGAGCCCAUUCAGAACCUGCAGAACUUUCACACAAUGCAGCCCAUGGCUCCAGCUCAGGGCAUCAACCCGUAUAUAACUCCCGUCAUGGCCUUCAUUCUGCCCAACUACCCCACUUUCACUGCAGGUUACCCAUCUCUGUACCCACAGUCCUGUACCUCCAUGCUGCCCCAGACUCCCAUCACAUUGACGGGCUUUGUCCCUGGACCUGCCCCCUUCCUUCAACCUCAGUUCCAAUGCCAGACGGGCACACAUACUCAGACUCCUCCUGGACCUCUGCUGUGUUCUCCCAGAGCCAGCUCCUCAGUUGGAGAAGAAGAAGAGGCAGCUGGACCUGGGGCUUUAUUCUCAAGCUCCCGCUCAAGUUCUCCACUGCAACUCAACCUUCUGCAGGAGGAGCUUCCUAAACCCAGUGAAGGGCAGAGCAGCACUGGACACAAUCAUGCCGAGAGCCUGCAUGAAACCCAUGGCAAUGAAGGUGAUGCUCCUAGUGAUUCAGGGAACCAGGAUGCUCAAUCAACAUCUAGUGAGCUGCUCGACCUCCUGCUACAGGAAGAUGCCAGGUCAGGGACCGGUUCUAAUGCCUCAGGGUCUGGAUCUGGAGAAUCUGGCUCUUUGGGUUCAGGGUCUGGCUCCAAUGGAACCUCCACUUCUCACACAGGCAGCAGCAACAGCAGCAAAUAUUUUGCAAGCAACGAUUCUUCAGACACAUCACGGAAGGCACGAAAGAGCCAGGAGACACAAGCAGAGCACCAGCACAGCUUUGACACAAGGGUGGAAAAUUCUCUGUGGAGCAUGAUACAGCACACGCCUGAGCGGGUCAUGAUGACCUACCAGAUCCACACCAGGGACCAGAGCGAGGUCUUGGCAGAGGACAGGGAAAAGCUCAGAGUUCUUCAGCCUCUGCAGCCCUGGUUCAGUCAGGAGCAGAGAGAGGAGCUGGCUGAGGUUCAUCCCUGGAUCCAGCAGCACACUGUCCCUGCAGAGAUAGACACACAGGGUUGUGUGAGCUGCAGUGCAUCAGCCGCUGUCUCCCACUCACCUCACCCUCCUGACCCAGACAGCUCAUCCACUCUGGACAACCCUCAUCAGCAGGACAUGGUUGCAUCUGUACUGGACACAUGAAAAGCCUGGAAUCAUUAAACCACCCUCCCCUGGAAGUUCACAGCGGUACAGUUCUGCCCAGAGACCCAGUCCCUCCUGUCUGUAGUCUCUGUCCUGACAGGUAACCUAAGAGUUCUAAAGUUCAUGAUAUCAGAGACCAGACCACCAGGAAGAAGUCUGAUGUGACCACCUUUAUCUGACCAUGCACAUUUGACUUCUGUGUUUCUCUCAAUCCCAUGUUGGGGUUUAUUUUGAAGGCUAAACACAAAAACAGUAAUUUGUGUGUACAUGUGUUUGUUUGUUUGUUUGUUUGUGUGUGUGUGCAAGUGUGUUUACGACACCAGCACUUUGUUCUCACUCAGUGUUGUUGGACAAUGAAAAAAAGACAGUACUGGUCCAGUAGUAGCCUCAGAACGCACAGCAGACUCUCCUCUGGUAAGAUGGCGGUCCAGUUCUACUCAGAGACGCACUGUUAUAUUUCAUGGUCGUCGUCAUCUUAGUUUUUGGACGGCACUAAGACAAAGACACGUUUGCUGCUCUCUGUGUUUAAUAUUCACUUCUGACUGUGUGUCAAUUGUUAUUCCAUAAGUGAGUUUUUUCUUGUCUGGGGUCUCAAACAAAAGCAAAUAUUUUACUAAUUAUUCAUUUAAUUGAAUUAAUAUAAAAUUUACCCUAAUAACUCCCCUAAAAUUAGUAGCACCUACCCUUUAUUUGAACCACAAUACCAGUAGUAAAAUAUCCUGUUUUCUCCUUCUAAAUGACUUUGUUGUUGUUUAUGUGUCAACAGUCAAUGAGUAAAUCAACGUGGUCUGAGCUGGAUUCAGGUGAGGAUGUGAACAUCUACUGUGUGAGAGUUCCUACUGUGACUGCAAACUACCAUAGACUGUGUAUAAGCAAAGGGUGUAACCAUCUAGGUUUAAAUGUUAAAUCCUGCAAUUUGUUGAGAAGCAGCAGUGAACCACGACUCCAAUGGUUACAAACAAUACUUGAAAUCAUGAUGAUAAGUCUGGAAAUCUAGGGACCAGCUCAUCUGACUAUUAACUCAGCAGUGUUCAGGGUCCAACUCAUAUGUUUAAGGUUUUUCCUAAAUAAAAUAAGUUGACAAUUGGCUGUGAUUGGCUGUGUCAAAUUUGUAAUCUAUCAUUUGAAAAAAGGACUAAAUCAUCAAUGAAUUAUUAAGGGGAAUCACUAUUUUAACAAAAGUACUGACAACACAACCUACAACAAUGAUGAACCUCAUAAAACACAAGAAUUCAUAUAAGACUUAUUUUAUAUCUUCAAAUUUAAUGUCAUGCCGUCACAUAGUCAAGCAGGACAAAUUGCUUAAAAUUUAGAAAUAUUGAAACAUUUCAAGAUUAAUUUCAUUGAUCUUAAAUGUUAAACUUAAAAAAACAACUCAUAAUUAUCACACCAACACAACUGGUCACAGUAAGGUGUUGCAGGUUCUUGGCUUUAUCCUUGUCUUAUAUGCAGUCGAAGGGACAAAGCAGAUUUUUUAUGUUUUUUAGAUUACACAAAUAGAAUUACCCUCCAGUGUAUUUUAUAAAAAAAAUAUAUAAAGUAAAAUGUCACGCAACUUGACACAAGUGUAUAAAAAAAGCCAUUUGUUAUUGCUUUCAGGGACUGUUUGUGACACAAGGAAUGAAUAAAUGAGCUAUGAUGUCAAAAUUGGAA